AUGCCUGGCUUGAACCAAAUCGUCUCGCCAGUUCCUCUGUCGCCAGCUCGACGAGAGACAAAGUUGACGUCCGGUGAUCUCUAUGCCAGCCUCAACGCCCUUGCUUCCAAGGGCGACCGACGUCCCGGAAGCCCUCUGCAGGAGGAGUACGCUGUGCCGGCUCCUCCCCCACCAAGCCCGAUCGAAUAUGAUGAUGAGAGCACCUUGAUCAGAGUGACCGCUACGCUACAAUGA